AGUUCGCCCCGGCCUUUUUUUCUCUCCUCUUUUAAGUUAUUUUUGGGUUAUUGACAAUUCAAAUAAAAUCAAAAGCACCCAAAUUUCCUUACCAUGUCGGAAGCAAAAGGAAUGGUGUCUUGGGAAUUAGAAUGGCUCUCCUCGGAUCAAACAUAACAGGCGAGGUUGGACUCCGUUUGCUUCUUUGUCCUCUUGGUUCCAACGUUGUAAUUCGAACAGCAUGCUGUACUGUGGGAAUUGCUUUGCCUGUGUACUCUACGUUCAAGGCAAUUGAAAAUAAAGAUGAAAAUGCUCAACAUAGGUGUCUUCUCUAUUGGGCAGCCUACGGCUCAUUCAGCCUUGUUGAAGUACUCACAGACAAGCUUAUUUCUUGGUGUCCUAUAUACUAUCACCUGAAGUUUGCAUUUCUUGUUUGGCUUCAACUUCCACCUACAAGUGGAGCAAAACAGUUAUAUGUUAACCACUUGCGCCCCCUCUUGUUGAGGCAUCAAGCACGAAUUGAUCAAGUCUUAGGUCUUGCAUACUGUGAAGUGAUCAAACUUGUGAGCUCAUAUCAAACAGAGAUCCAGUUUGUCAGGAACAUGGUAGUAAAGAUAACCGGAUCAGCGGAUCAAAUGUUGAGAGGCGCCACUGAAUCAGAUAGAUCGCAGCAACAUAGCUCAACUGAGGAUCCUGCGGUGCCCUUUGAUUCUGAGCCCGACCCAAGCAACAAUGGCUAAUCAACCAGAAGUACUUAGUGGACUGAGACCCAUGAAUUGAUGAGUGCUGUCCCCAAGAGUUCCCGUUAAGCGUGGAAUAUAAGAGACUGGACUACUAUUAUUUUUCCCAAAUGUUCUUGAUAUCCUUUUUCAUUGAAGAGACCCGAAGUUUUCUCUUGAUAGGAUGUGUAGUAGAUAAAACUUCUUGAGUCAAAAUUUAUAUUGGUCUUUUAGGUCGUACGGAUCAUUUAAGUCUUAAAUUUUGAACAUUUUUU